AUGAAUAAUGAUAAUGGCAACAGUCAGAAGCCGGAAAAUUUGUUUGGUAGUUCAGGAUCUUCGUCCUCUGCUAUCCCGACAACUGCAUCAGCAAAUGGUGUAUUUUCAUUUGGUGUCUCAACGAAUAAUUCCGCUAUUAUUAUUAACGGGACUUCUUCAAGUCCAUCAAUUUUUGCUUCUUCGUUUUCUUUUCAAUCUUUCGGAACCAACACAAACAAUGUUUCCAGUAGUAGCUCAUCCACUGUUCUUUCUUCUACCACCACUACUACAGCUGUUAGCAGUACUUUUGCGACAUCUGUGUCUGCAUCCGCAUUUAGUUUUGGGCAGGCUGCAUUUACUGCCGUUACACAGGCGGUCCCAUUCAAGUUUGGCUCAGGGACUAGCGAGACACCAUCAUCCGCUUCAGCGGGGUCUCUUUUUAGUUCUUCAGCUCCUAGUUUUGGUCUUACUUCUGUCGCCACCUCAUCUGGCGGCUCGACCAGUAGUUCCACCACCACCAUGUUCAGUUCUGGCUCCAGUGCAACACCAAGUUUUGGACUUAGCUCUACUGUCGCCUCAUCGGAGACCAAAUCUGGUGGCUCUGGUUUCGGUUCAACACUGAGUUUUGGAGUUAACUCUACUGUUGCUUCGUCAGAGACCAAAUCUGGAUCAUCUAACGCAGGUGCUUCAACGGGAUCAUCCUUGUUCUCAUUUUCUUCAAAACUGUCUUCUCCUGCUCCAGUCGGAAACUCGACUCCUGUUUUCGGAACUUCGCCCCCUAGUAACACUGAUCAAAUGAGCAUGGAAGACAGUAUGGCCGAUGACUCCAACCAAACACCAAGUCCAGCGCCUGCUUUCGGUCAAGCUUCCAGCGGCACACCACCGGGUUUCAUGUUUGGUUCCGUCACGCCGACAACGGUUCAGCCACCUGGUUUCUUGUUCGGUGCGCAGAUGCAACCACAAGCGCAAGCACCGUCUCAGAGUCCUUUUCCGGCAACACAGUUUAGUGCGGGAGGAAGGUUCUCGUUAGGUAGCGGUGGAGGGGACAAGUCUAAUAGAAGGGUUGUUAGAGUUAAAAGACAGACCAGGAGGAAAUGA